AGCGAUUGGAGGAUGCCCCGGUUAUGGAUGAACAGAGGGAACAGGAUGAGUCAAGUCAGAAAGACCAUGACUUUCAUGCUGAGAUUGUGUCUCCAACUUUAAGAGGGCCUGGGUCAUGCCACUGGUACCUCGCAGAUGGCAUAAGGGUUCCAGGCCCUGUGAUGAGAGCUCAAUGGGGAGCCCGUAAGUCUGCCAAGGAAAUCGAGAGAGACUUCCCAGAGGGGGCAGUGCCUCAGAUGGGAAGAGUUGGGUGUUCUCCAGAAGAACAGGCCUGCGGGGAAGGCUAGCCUGGUCAGGUGGAAUGGCUUAUGAGAAGGCACAAGCAAGCUCAUCGUGUUUGGGGAACCAUGAGGCACUUGGGGUAUGUGGAGCGUGAAUUAGGGAGGCGGCCUUCACGUGCUAUGUUGUGAGCUGAGAUUUUAUUUUGGCAUGAGCAGCCAAAGGAUGACACGAGUGGGCUUCAUCUCCGGACUCGGGUGGGUAUGAGGAGAGUGGAUUAAGGUGAGGAGAUCCGCAGCUCCGUCACUGCAGUGGUGGGGCCCGAGGGAGGCAGUGAGGGGACAGGGGCAGGGAGACCCAGGAGGGGGAUCGGCCGACUGUGGCUGGAUUGGGCCCUGAGAAGAGGAGGCGGUGAGGGUGCCCCUGCUGUGGCUGACUCGGGAAACUGACGGGGUGGUGGCACCUUCUGCCCAGGAAAGGAACACAGGGGGCCAAGAGGGUCUGAGGAGGAGAUCUAAUGAGUUCGCUGUUGAAAAGAGCGCCUGCCUGGCUGAGAUCAUCGACGUGUGACUCUUGAUCUCAGGGUCAUGAGUGUGAGCCCCACGUUGCGUGUAGAGAUUACUAAAAAAAACCCAGAAAACAAACUUAAAACCAAAUGGAAGAGGCAGGUAGGAGAAUGUGGCAGUGGGCAGCUGGAGCAGAGCAGAGAGCUUAGGCCUGGGGUACAGCCCAAGGAGAGCGCAGAGUGAGAGAGACAGCGUGCUAUCAAGGGUGCCACAGGAAACUGGGGACAGUGGUCUUGGAGGCACAAGAUCCAGAAGCUUGGGUCCCACGAGCCAAUGGGACAGAAAAGACUUAGGAGGAAAAGCAGUGAUGCAAAUGCUGGAGGCCACAGGCUGUCCUCAGCCCUUCUAGGCAGUGGAAAGGAAGGAGAGAAGGAGUCAUUGACCAAGGGAAGUGCUGGACCAUGUGAGGGAGUUAUUUUUUUUAAAUGUGAGAUAGUGGUACAUGUUGACUCAGCUGAGAGAGGGGAACCCUCCACCAAAAAAAAAAAAAAAAAAAAAAAAAAGUAAGUCUAGGACAGGGACACUUGGAAAAAGCAGUGGAGUGGGUAGCCAGGCAGGAAGGUGCAGGCCUCUGGUGUGCCAGGGGCAAGGCUGGUGUUGCUGUCAUGGGGAUGGGGCAGGGACUGAGGAAGAGCAUGGCUGUGUGCCAAGACCAGAGCCUGGGGCCCAGUGUGCAGGUCAGUCCCACCGGCAAGAGGUAGCUGAGAAUCUCUGCACCAGGGUCCGGGAGAAGAUGCUGAGCAGGGACUCAGUGACACAGCUGAGACUGCCUGUCCAGGGUGACGCACGUUUCCAGCCCAGGACUGGCUGACAUCUAGACUUCACAGGCUUUCAGCCUAGAACUGGGCAAGACCAGGCUGGAGAGGGUCUUGGUACAGAGCUUUAGUUUGCUUAUCUUACUUAGAUUAUGGAAAAUUUUCAAACACACCCGAAAAUUGUGGGAAACUCAAAUGAACCCUCUUAUACCUAUCCUUAACCUUCAGUGAUUAUUAUGAUUUUCAAUGCUAUUGUAUGACCUCCCCCUGUAAGUACCUUUUUGAAAACAUUACAAAAAAAUCAUUUAAUAGAUCUUAUUUUUUUAGAGAAGUUGUAGGUUUACAGUAAAAUUGAAUGAAUGGUAUGAAGAGAUUUCCCACAUAAUCCCUAGUUGAAAACUUUAUUUGGAAUAACUAAGCUUUCAGAAAUUGCAAGAACAAGUUUCUGUAUUUUUUAUAUGUUUCUCUUAUUAGAGAAUAUGUUCUCAGACUGUAUAUAGAAGAAUAUUAAGAUCACUCAUGAUCCUACCACCCCGAAAUAAGUACUAUCACUAUUUUGGUAUAUUUCCUCCUAGUCCUUUUUCUGUGCUUUUAUGUACAUAUUUUUAACUGGAUUUUUUUUUAAAGAUAUUUAUUUAUUUAUGUGUCUCAGAGAGAGCGAGCACAAGGAGGGGGAGUGGCAGGCAGAGGGAGAAGCAGGCUCCCCACUGAGCAGGGAGCCUGAUGCAGGACUCAAUCCCAGGACACUGGGAUCAUGAUCUGAGCUGAAGGCAGCUGCCUGAUCGACUGAGCCACCCAAGUGUCCCUAACAGGACUUUUUAAUCCAGAAAAUAACCCCAUCCCCUAAAACCUUCUUGUUAGGUGGGUCCAUAUGAUCUGGCUCAGUCUAGAUCACCCCUGAAGCCCUCUACAGAGACUGCAGAGAGCAACCACCAUUGAUCCAAGUCUAUGGUUUGUGGCCACUCUCAUUCCUUGUGUUCAGUGCCAAUGCAGGUUUCCCCUUAACAUUCCUUUCAUUUUUGUUUUUUUCUUGGGUAGUGUAGGUUGAUUUCUGUGGGAUGCUCCUUGGAUCACCGUCUUGCCCACCUUCCACACUCAUCUCUGGAUUUGGGGCAUCUGUGUCUGAGCCUGUCUCCCCAGCUCACCUGAGCACUCCGUGAGGGUAGGGCCCCGCUGAUUCAUCUAAACAGUGAGGCACAGUUGGCCUCCAGAAAUAUGUAUGGAAUUGAAUCAGCCCACUUAUUUGGCAUUGCCCAUACCCAUCUACGUUGCAGACUCUUGCCUUACACUAAUUUACAGCCAGCAGCAUGGUGUCUGGCAUAUAGUAGGUGCUCAAUAAAUGUUUGUUACUGCUACUACCAAUAACUUGGGGAUUUCUAUACAUGUUAGGGCUCUGCUGUUUUUCCUCCUUCCCUUUCCCACCUUCCCCCACUUCUCCCAGAUGGAAGACCCUACUUUGACAUGCCAGAGGGAAGGUGUCCCCCCUCUGUCCCCCUGUCUUCUGGAAGUAAGGAGCAAAUCUGAGUUGGCAGUGGAUUCACAAGAAGCCGUUCCCUGCUCUGAGGCUAUUUUAUAUGUUUGCAUUGCUCACAAUACCAGUUAUCAUUAGCAGCAAUUAAAACUAUUUCAGGAUCAGUUCAAAGCUGCCUUUGAGGUAUUUUAAGUUGGACCAAAGUGUCUAGCUCUAAGCCAAGUUUCCUGGUGUCAUAUCAAAGCCCACUUGUAUUUGGAGAAUACCCAAGCUGUACAUUUUGACUGCCUGAAUCUUUCAUAAAUUUCAGGGGUGUUUUCCACAAGUGGGUCAGUGUCCCCAGAGCUGUUGAGACUGUCUUACAAGUCUCACUCCCACCCUUCAUUAAGUGAAGGGGACCAUGGAGAUGGGAGAGGAGAAGGGGUUCUGCUAGGCCCCUCUGGCCAGGCAAACCCCUGGGCCCAGGGGGAGGGUGGCAGAAAUCAGAGCAGAAAGAGAUGAGGGUUUGGUCUAGGGUAAGGGCAUCAGGGCUUGGGAAGAAGGUGGGAACCCAAUUUGGAGGGCAGGCUAUGGGAAGGGGAAAAGGGAAGCCUUCAGAACACCUUAAGUGAUAUUCAUAUUUGACUGAAAGAUAAAUAUAGGGGAAAAAAACCCUUUUGGCCUAUUGGACUUGUAGGGAGUUAGUCAGUAAUGUGUUCUGACUCUUGCUUGGCUGUGGCCCUGACCCCGGGCCUGGAGGACUGGCACUGAGGCCUGAGAUCACUGUUCUGGAAACACCUCUAGGGCCCUUUGGGACCCUGCAGGGCCACAGUGGGCACCCAGGCAUCUUGCUGCCUGCUGACAGAGUGGGUUCAGCUGGUGGGCUGUGCUCGGCGGUUUUCUGAUAGAAGGGUUCUGAACUGAUGAUAAAGGAAGGUGGAGGGCAAUCCAGAUGGCCAAAGAGAGGUUCGGGAACGUAGAGAAAUGGGGAAGGUCCCCACGGGCAGAAGUGCUUGUUCCAUCAGGGCAGUGGCAGGGAUCAAGGAGGGAGACCAGUUAAGGAAAAGCUACCUCUGCUAAUGCCUUUGGCCAUGACUGAUCUGGAAGACCUGAUGCCUUGCCCCACUGAAGCAGAACGCCAGAAGCACCCGUGGGCCCUGCUCCUAGGAGUCAUGCCAUAGACCCUGCACACCCACCCACGCACCCCAGCCCCAGGACUGGGGCCUCUGCACGGUCGGGGGGAGUUGUAUGGGACAGGGGACCAGCACUUAGGGCCUUACUUGUGGUGGUGAGUGCCCAGAAAGGGGAGGAAGGGAGACCAUGGUGUCCUUGGCCCCACACAGUCGGGGAGGGGGAGGCAGAGGGCAGGAUGACCCACUUUCAGAGCGGCGGGCCUGUGACCGGGAUUGCUUCACAUGGUCAGUCUGCAUGUGCAUGUCUGUCUGCAUCUCUUCAAAAGACUUAAACAUCUGCGUCCUGUUUUCAUUAGCUUGUCCGCCAUGGUGAUGGGACCUGCCUAGUUCUCUGAGCCAACAAGUGUGCCCAGAGGCUGAUAAACAGCAGGUGCCUCCAAUAAAACAGAUUUUAAUAGUCCGUGUAAAUGUGCAUGUAAAUGUGCGUGCAAACACACCUGGGAAAUGAAAGGUGGGAGCUGAAGUCUAUGCAAGUUACACAAUUUCAGAGCCGUUUCGAACUGAGGACUGCAGGGUAACUGUGUUUGCAUGGAUGGCAUAGGUUUUACACUUACAGGAGGUGUGUGCAGUUGUGCAGGGAGCGCAGCCGAUCGGAGUGCGGUGUGAAGGGGUAGGUGCAUGUGCGUGUAGAUGGGCAUGUGGCCGAGAAGCCCCCAUCGGAUCAGGUGGGGACAAAACCAGCGGUGUACUCCCUAGGGCCUGGGUCAGAAUGAAAGCGUGGGACCCCUUGUUCAAAAUUAUUGGGAAUUUCAGGACAGCCGUAGCGGCUGGCCAAAGCCAGCUUGGCCUUUCUGAGCGCAGAGCCCCAAGUGACGUCAGGUGAUAACUGCCCACGGAGCCUCCUGGGCUGGAGCACAUGUACCUCCCGUCCCCCCGCCCCAGCCUUCCUGUGCUGCCCCGGUAAGUCCCUCUGCUCUCUCCCCUCCAGCUCCCAGGGUGACCCUGAUUUGGGGGCUGGGAUGCUAGCCAGAAGCAGCCCCAGAUUCUCAGUGAGGGGGUGUGGAGGGUGGGAACUCCCUCGGUCCUUCCUGUUUAUUGUCCUGGUUUGCCUCCUUUCCGGUUGAGUAUGGUGUACCUGCUUCAGAGCACACUCAGGAGAUGCUGAUGGGUAAUAAAGAGGGUGUUCCCGCCCUGAUACCUGUACUUGUCAAUAAUUAACCAUGAUUUCCUAGGUUCUGGGAGGAGGCAGCGGCCCCUGGCCUGCCCCAGCUGGUUUAGCUCAUCACUGUGGAUUAACAUACCAAUUCCAAGGUCCCUGAAUGGUUCUAGCGUGUUCCCUUUAUGGCUUCUCCCAAGGGGUAAGGGACCUUGAGAAGUUACUUCACUGUGUUCCUGAUCCUAGCCUGAGACCAGUUCCUAAACUCAAGGCCUUCCUGCUCUCUCCAUAAAGAUGACAGUGCUGUGUGCUUUUGUCUGGGGAUCCAGAGGGGAACGUUCGAGCAGAACGUCUGCUGGUCCGCUCUGCCGAGGGCCACCCACCUCAAGCCAAAGGACCCAGGAGUGUAAAGGUUAUUUUGGCAAAUGUAAGGGGCAAGGUGGGCAAGAAAGGUGGUCAGGAGUGGAGAUUUCGAUAAAUUUGUUAAUCACUGGAAAUGGGGCUUGGCCUGCCCCAGAGAGGGGGAGUGACCAAGGGCCCCCACCCCCAGUCCAAUUGGCUUUCCAGGGGAAAAAAAAGUCCUGGUUAAGAAUUUGCUAAUAUCUAGGGACGCCUGGGUGGCUCAGUUGGUUAAGCAGCUGCCUUCAGCUCAGGUCAUGAUCCCAGCGUCCUGGGAUGGAGUCCCACAUCGGGCUCCUUGCUCAGCAGGGAGCCUGCUUCUCCCUCUGCCUCUGCCUACCAUUCUGUCUGCCUGUGCUCGCUCUCUCCCCCUCUAUCUCUCUGAUAAAUAAAUAAAAUCUUUAAAAAAAAAAAAAAGAAUUUGCUAAUAUCUAAUUUAAAAAAAAAGAAGAAGAAUUUGCUAAUAUCUGUGGUGUCCGUACUCCCACUCCCACCAGGUGCAAUUUCAAGCUACCAGCUGGUUUAGGAACUGACUUACAGAACUCUCAAACAUUUAACAACCAGCCCUCAUGGCCCAUUAGAUCGCUGUCCCCACCAGAGGCCAUCAACCACGCAAGCCCCCAGGGCCCACCCGCAUGCCUCCUUGAGCCCCGACUCCCACUUCCCUGCCUGUAUUUGCAAAUACAUUCCCUGAACAGUGUGUUCAGGCCCGCGUGGCCCUUCACACUCCUUGUGCUGCAGUCCUGGGGGAAGGCUGGCGAGUGGGCCUCUCGGGUCACGGCGGAACAGCGGAGGGAACAGGUGUGAAAUGGCUUUGCCAAAGUGAACCCCAAACCCAGUCCAGUGCCCAAGUCCCAGUGACUACUAUCUCUAGUCUGAAGCGAUGGGGAGGUCUGACUCAAUGUGUGCCCUGUGGGUUGACAAGCCCCUGUCGGGAGCAGCCAGCCGUCUGCCCGUUGAGGAGCCGCCCAGCCUCUCACCUCCCUCUGUCACAUGCAGCCUCCUCACACCCUCCCACUUCCAGGGACCAGGUGAGCCCGGUGACGAAUACCAGGUAACCAGGAAGCCACUGCUAGUUCAGUUCCUGGACCACAGAAUGACACAACGCCCAUCUCAGGGGCUCAGAGUCUGUCCACGAAGUUCCCUUGCGGAAGAGGCUUCCUGGUCUUGUGGGUGGCCAGAGCGUUUCUUCUUGGAGACCCACCUGCCCUGCCCUUGACACCUUCCCGGUGACUCCAUUUCCCCCUCCUCUGGGCUUCUGGAACGGCACAAGGGCCCCACCCUAGCCGGGCGGCAGUGAUGGGAGUUGUUGGCCCAGCUGCGUCUCUGCUAGCCCACUGUGUCAGCUGACACAGCAGCAGGGACUGGGGAUUUUUCGGUAUAGACAGGGACCCUGGGAAUGUCCAGAGGCAGGACCGGGGCCAGGAUCGUCGGGGACUCAGCCAGGCACUGGGGGAAUGAGUGGUACAGGGAACGGAUGAGAGACAGGCUCUGGGCCAGGAACCAUAGCUGAGAGCCGCAGGUGUGCCGCUGUUCCAGCUCCUCUCCUGUCUUAAUCCCUCUUGUUUGGUGACAGCACUCCGCUGGGUCUGGAGCCUGGCAGAGAACACCUGCUGACCUGAGAGUAAGUUUCUGUGGGGGCUGGAGACAGUCACAUGUGUCUGGUUUAUGUGAACCUCGCGUUCCGGUUCAUUGCUGGAGACAGAGUUAUGAAUGAACCAGUACACCAUCCUGCAACACACGCUCCACUGGGAGUGGGCAGGCGUGUGAGAGGCGCAGAAGGCUCCAUGGAGGGGGUGACAUUUGAAGGAGAUCAUGAAAGUGGGUCCCCCCAACAGCCCCAGUCUCUCUGCACAGGCCCAAGUCAGGCUCCAACCUUGGGACUCACAGAUCUGCCUUCUGGGAACCCACGCAGUGGCCCAAGGCAGGCUGCACUCCCCAGCAGGAGGUCACACAGCCAACUUCCUCCAUCCAAAUCCUCCCAGAACCUCACCACUGGCUUCGCCAACAUGGCGGGCAUGUCCCCUUCUCAGAACACAAGGGAGUGAGAUUCCCUCACUGCUCUUUCCGUGAAUGAGGACGGAACUGGGAGAAAGAGGGCUGCGGAGCUUGGGGAAGGGGCUCUUGGAAGUUUCCUGGAAGGUGAGAGGGAACAGGAGGGGAGGAGACAACAUCAGUGGCUCAGAGGUCGGGCCCGCCCAGCUCUGGAGCUGGAGCCCAUCCGGAUCUUGGCGUACACUCCCAGAAGUUCAGGGUUGGCACCAGCCCACUUCAGGGCCUUAAUGAGGGUGCUCUGGCUGAGGCCUGCCCCCCUCCCCCAAGUGCUGACUCUGUACUGGAUGUGAUCAGUGAGGGAAAAACAACUGUAGCAAUCGAGUUCAUGGCAAAUGCUUGUGUGUAUGUGUGUCCCCUCACUUAAAAAACGUUUUCUGCGCAUUCUUGAUUUGGGGACUGUCCUCUAUCUUCCCCUCUAGAGAAUCUCACGGGAUUCCACACUUGGUUCAGAAUGAGAAACACCCACGCCAGGCUCACAUAUGGUAAGAGGGUGGUAAAUGAAUGCUCCUUUAGCCCCUCAAAGCGGCCACUUGGGCGUGGGGCAAAGGGCUUCCCCAGGCUGGAAGCUGGUGGGCCUUGGUCCUGGCCUCCUCCAGCUGAUGACAGACACCUGGAUGUCAUAACAUACUCUGUGUCCUCCUCUGUUAUUCUCGGACACGGGCUGGGGAGGGUACCUGAGUGGGUCCCCUCUGACUGGGGCUGGACUUUCUUGCACCGUGGGCUGGCCUGUACCAGUCCCAGCGAUGGAUGCAGAAGGGUGAGGCACUGAUCCUGCUCGUUGGGCAGGAUGCUGGCAGGAGGGAGGGCUGAGCAAGGGCGGGGCUUCCAGAACAAAGGAAGAAUGGGGAGCCCCAGGGCCUAGGCUAGGCAUCAAAAAGGCUCUGCCGAUUGAGCAGGUCAUAGUAGCUGCCUGCCUCCGUGCCCAGCAGUCAGUCGGACAGCUCGUGCCGGGCCCCCUCUGCCUGCCCCAGACGGGCAGCAAACAACACUCCGCUCCGAGAGGCCUUCUUCUCCAGCGUGAUUGCGCCCACACUGCUCUGCGCUUUGCUCUACUUGGCGUGGGUCGGUGCCGCAGUUCCAGCGGAGGACAGAGGGAUGGCGGGGAGCGGAGCCAGGAGCCGGGAGGGCCGUCGGGAGCAUGCCUUCGUUCCGGAGCCCUUUGAUGGAGCCAACAUAGCCCCACACCUCUGGCUGCACCGCUUCGAGGUCAUCAACGACCUCAACCACUGGGACCACGUCACCAAACUCAGGUUCCUGAAAGAGUCUCUCAGGGGAGAUGCCCUGGAGGUCUAUAGUGGACUCAGCCCCAAGGACCAGGAAGACUACGGUGCUGUGAGAGAGACCCUCCUGAAAGCCUUCGGCGGGCCUGGGGCCACCCGCAGCCACCUGCCCAAGGAGAUCGUCUUUGCCAACAGCAUGGGUAAGGGCUACUACCUCAAGGGGAAAAUUGGCAAGGUGCCUGUGAGGUUCCUGGUGGAUUCCGGGGCUCAGGUGUCUGUGGUCCACCCCAGCUUGUGGGAGGAGGUCACGGAUGGUGACUUGGACACCCUGCGGCCCUUUGAGAAUGUGGUAAAAGUGGCCAAUGGGGCUGAAAUGAAGAUCCUGGGCAUCUGGGAUACAGUGGUGUCCCUGGGGAAGCUGAAGCUGAAGGCAGAGUUCUUAGUGGCCGACGCCAGUGCUGAAGAAGCCAUCAUUGGUACUGACGUGCUCCAGGACCACAACGCCGUCCUGGACUUUGAGCAUCGCACAUGCACCCUGAAGGGGAAGAAGUUCCGCCUCCUGCCUGUUGGAGGGUCCCUGGAAGAUGAGUUCGACCUGGAGCUCAUAGAGGAGGAGCCCUCCUCGGGGGAGGGGGGACAGGAGCUCUCCUACUGAGAAGCCCCCUUUCCUUUACCCCCCAAACAUCAGUGGGAGGACCCACCACAGUGGAAGGGAAGGGCAAAUAGCCUCAGGGGUCACUGGGCUUUGCCAGCCUUCUGGAACCAACUCCCUCCUCCUCCCUUCUGUCCCUGGUCAGGGAGGCUUCCAUCUGAGCAGGCACAGGUGAGGGAGAGCAGGCUGGCUAUCUCAGAGGGAGGGAAGAGUCCUCAUAGUGGUCAAGCUGCUAUUGGUGGCAAAGAUUUAAGACCGGAAGGUUCCAAGACGACUAGAAAUGACUGUCUUUCAGGGAGGACUGGGGUACCUCUUCAGAUCCCCUGAGAUGUGGCUCAGUCCCUUCCAGCUCCAUGCGGUCCUUCUCAGCUGGGCUGGGUCUGGGCUACACGGUCCUCACAAGCAAGACUCAGCCCUUGUGGGUGAGGGUCACAGCUGCCCUGGGAGUCUUCCCUGCUGGGUCUUCCCACCUACCUGUAUGAUGUAGUUUCCUUCUGUCAUUUGCUCUGAAACUCAUUGAGCCUUAUGCCCAUAAUUCUUUACUUC